AUGGCCGACGAAGCAGGAGACGCUGGCGAGAUUGUCAUUGGAGAGGAGGUCGUCAUUGAGAUUGAUGCGCCUGCCGCGGAAACUGCUGGCGAUGACGUUCCAUUAGAAGAGGAAACAAUGGAUCUCGACCCAGUCCCAGCUCGAAGAACCUACAUCGACUACCUCAAGAGUCCCAUCAUCACUCUGUUUGUUGGUCAGGGCGACGAACAGGCGCUUCUAACUGCGCACGAAGCUCUGCUUACCACAAGUCCAUGGUUCAAGGACGCAUGCGAGAAGUUCACCGAAGAGGUUUCUGAGCGUCGCAUUGAUUUGAUUGACGAGGACCUCGACGCUGUAGGAUGUUUCCUCGAGUACCUCUACACCAACGAUUACUUCCCUCGCAAGGUCCCUGGUAGUCGCGAUCUCGAGCACGAUCCCGCAACCCCAGACGUAGACGAGACUGGAGACCAACUCUUGAAGCACGCGCGUGUCUAUACUCUCGCAGAAAACCUUCAAUUGCCCAAACUAAAAGCCCUCGCAUCAAGCAAGAUCCACUGCGUCAACUCCACCGCCAAAGGAGAAAUCGCAUACGCGAGAUACGUCUAUGCGCAUACCGCAAAGGACGACACUGCCAUCCGCGCGCCAGUUGCCAACUUCUGGGCCACCAGAUCGCACACUCUCCGUUCCGAAGCCGAGGACGAGUUCCGUUCUAUGUGUUUGGAAUUCCCACAAUUCGGAUACGACGUUCUUACGCGUGUUCUGGACGAGAAGCUCAAGCGAGAGAAGAACGACAAGAUGCACCCCUCAUCAUCCCACACCCCAGGAAGCUCUCGCAAGCGCCCACGCGCCAAUGCUUAA